AUGUGGCGUGGAGCUCGUGCGAGAAGAGCACCGUGGGAGGAGACACCCGCACCUCCCCCAGCGCCCAGGAGCUCUUUCCCGACUUACGACAGUGUCAAAGUGGCGCAGGAAGACAAGCGAAUCACUGUCAUCCGGGAGACUCGCAAUGGUCCACCAUCUGCGGGGUCUCAGUCUCUCACCUUGGUGCAGACUGUCCAGCAGGCCGUGAAUACUGCCAGGAAGUCAUCCAACAGAGUCUUGAAGCUCAAAAGGGAUAUCGAGCUAAAGGACGCCCAGUGGAGUCAGUAUACCAAGGACAUCAAAGCUUCCUUUGCCAAGGAGAAGGAACGACAUGCUUUGGCUAUUUCGCACUUGGAACAGGAACUUCAGGCUGCCCAAGAAGCUUCGCAAGCGGACCAGCUCGCCAUUCAAAAGGCGGCCGAUCGAUGCUUUCUGUCAGCCAGUGGUUCCGAGGAGACGGACAACAAUGCUGCUUGGAAUGCUAUGAUGGCAGUGGACGAUACCUCAGAGGGGGUCCCGUCUAUCCCUCGGGAGGUCUGGGAAUAUAUGGCACACUCUGCAAGGACGAUGCGGGAAUCAGCAAUGCAAGGGGGCACGAUUCCGAGCGAGAUGUUGGUGCCUCCAGGGCUUGCGUCGUUGCCGGCACCUGCCCCUCCUCCUGCACCGCCGGUACAACGUCAUGUGGAGGCUGUCUUGGCUGCACCUGCGGCCCCUUUGCCGUAUUCUUCAGCAGCUGCGCCCGAUGCCCCGGCCUACAAUGCACUGUCGCCGAGUAUCGCGAAGACUGGAGCGGUUCCCUUUGCUGGAUCUUCUCCUUUGCUGCAUGGCCCAGUUCCGGAGCAGCAUAUGGGCCCCGUGGAGACCGAUCAAGAUGCUGCGAAUCCUGGGCCCUCAGAUGGAGGGGCUGCCAGACCUGCGGGGCACCCUUCCAGUGGUCGUGCGGGAGUGAAAGACAUGACAAAGAAGCCCCCGGAGAGACCGGAUGUUCAGGGCCCUUCUCUGGGGGCAAAAUUGGAUGCCAAACGGGCACGAGAGCCCUUGGUGGUCCCAGAAGGCAUGGGCCCAGCAAUGAGGCCAUUCCGCGGGGCCGGGCCUCCGCCUCCUGGAGGCUUGGGCUUGCCUGCAGAGACGAGGACAACCCCGCCAGGUGUAUCGGAGGAGCCGGCUCCGGAAUUUCACAAUAUCUCGGAGGAGGACGGCAUUUUCGAGGUUCACGGAACAGAGGUCUUUGGUUCUCUUGGGGAGCCGGUGCCUUGGACAGCUCUUCAGCUGUCUCUGGCCCAGUUCUCCCUCGGCGAAUCCACUGACUGCUGGACCGUUGAGCCCGAAUACCGUGGACAUUGCUGGAGUGAGGCAAAUCCUCUCCUUUGCAUAGGUUUGCCAGAUGCUCUGCCGCCCGGGUUCCUCUUUCGGUUCUUAAGCCCCUUUGCCAGGUCAGGUGUAGGCUGUGGACAUUGGCUGAGCCGAGCUGUCCUUGCUUGGUUUGUUCUUCCUGUCCAGGUUUGGGCUGCACCGAAGCAAUGGGGUGAGGCUGUAGAUAUUUUGAUUGCAGCUGCUGUCCUGUUUCCGGAACCUCUUCAUGUGGAGCCGCAGGCACCUGAUUUGAUGUCGGAUACGGAUUUUGCAAUCCGACAAAGUAUGAUUGAGAGUAGGCAGGCCUCGAUUUUGGACACCUCGUUGCAUAACGCUGAGGACCUCCCAGUUCCUCCUCUUAAUGACCCAGAGGAAGAUGUUGAGGUUGCACCAGCCUUUACCACAGGUGUCUUUUAUGUCUUGGCUCCUCACUAUCAAUCUGAGAUAGUGCAAAUGCAUCUCCCCUCGCCCUGCGACCUGCAAACCAUCCUCAAUGAGGCGAGACGUGGGCUGAAUGCCUUGAAGAUGCGGUUUUCUUUUCGGGUUUUGCCCACUUUCCCCCAGCUAGGGUCCGACUAUGCCUCUCUGUUGGUUGUCCCGGUGUGGCUGGAUGUGACCAGCAUGCAGGUGAUAGUUUGGGAUUUCAGAGCGUUGGGAGGUCCCGUCUAUGCUGCAUACUGUUGGAAUGCGGUCACCUAUGGCGAUUGCAUCAGGGAAUCGAGGCGUCAUGGUUUCCAUGACUGGCAGGCGUUUGUCAACAGUCACUCUCAGGCCCUCAUACAGGAUGCCUCCUUCGUUGCUGUUCCUGGGGGAGUAGUGCAGUUUCAGCCCCCGGGGGCAGGCCCUGUAUGGCGGGGCACUUUAGCUGCGAGGCUUGAUAGGCCGAACUCCUGGAGCAUUGACCCUGAUCUGCCUGAGAUUCAAGUUGAGCGCCCGCUCCUCAUUUUGCAUCACGAGCAAGUCACGUUGUAUACAUCUCGCAGAUUCCCGGUGCCCGGAACCAGGACAUUCAUUACCAGUCUGGUUGAAAGGACCCCAGACACGGCACUCAUUGUUGCGCCUCCUGGGAACUUCUUGACCAAUGUUGAUUAUUAUGGGGUCACUUGUCGUGAUGUCCUGGCUGUCUACCCCCUUACGCCGACGCCGGAUCGGGAUUGUAUCAUUGUCUUUUUGGACCCCCGGCAGACGGGGAAUCCCCUGGCACAUAUUCUGUUGCCGGAACGACGGGUUGCUCCAGUGGCCUUAGCAAGGUUCCUGAAUUUGCGCCCACCUGUUUGCCACAAGAUAGCCUUUUGGCCUCGACCGGAAGAAGACGGCAUGUUGGCGCUUUCUGAAGGUGACACAGUUGUCUUUGGCUAUAUUGAUGAGGCAGCUUGUUCGGAUGACAGCUCCGGGUCCAUUUCGGACUCUUCUGAUGACUCUGACUUUGACCCAGGUGUAGGCCGAGGAGAAGGUGAUGGCCCUUCCGGCAGCGCCGGGCCUGACAGAGGCCCUCCAUCAGCGCAUGAAGGUGGAGAGGCGUCGUCCAGAUCAAGGUCUCCACCGGGACGGUUCCGUGGGCAUGCUUUAGCCCAAGACCCACUCAGCUUUGCACCUCUUGCCGUGGGGACGGGCUUACUGUUGAAUACUUGCCCGACAGCAGCCUAUGCACCUGUCCCUGACCCUCAAACCCUCCUUGAUGGUCACUGCAUCUUCAGUCUCCAAUCACUUGCGAUCUGCUGUGCCCUUGGAGUUGUUUUGUGGCGUGUAGCGGCCACCUUUCCGGACAUACAGAGGUAUGCUUCACUUGGAAGGGCUCGCUCUCCUGCCAAAGUGAGAACUUGCAAGUUGAUCGAGGAGCCCACGGGCCACAACUCUCAGGCUCAGAAUCGCAUUGAUACCCUCCGUUCACUUGCUUCUGCACUUGGGGGGCCCUGGCUGCCGCGCCCCUUCUGGCGUGCUGGGAUGCUUCCCCCUGAAGACAUGGUCCCUGAGGAUUCGGAUGAGGAUUUGGAGCCGCAGAUUUGCUCCAUUCACUGUGUUGUCCUUAAACAUACGUAUUGUCCUGAAUCACUGACCGUGGAUAUCCCUUUGCCGGCUACCCAAGACGAGCUUCGACUUGCUGUGCAACAUGCCAGAACCCUUCAGGCCCGUGAAAGGUUUCCGGUUCUGUCUCCUGUCCUUUCCCAACGUGGAGAGGGCACGGCAAUCUUCACUGCCAGGCCAGUCUGGGGUCCAGGGUAUUGCAGCGUUUGCUUGGAUACUUCGGCCAUUGAUGGACGAAUUUUUAUGGCGUAUACCUUGGAAUAUGCCUCGAGGGCCGAGCUCAUCCGUAUUGCGCACCUGCCGACGAAUGUGGUAUGGGGUUUCGAUUCGAUCUUCCCUUUAUCUGUGGUUGCUGGUGCAUAUUGCCUUGCGUGCAGGGAUGGCUGCCACUUAUUCCUAGCAGACUUGUGGCCCCAGCCUAUGGACGUCUCACUCGACGGAGUACCUUGCGUGACUGCUUUGGCUGUGGGCGAUGGUUGGCAGACCUGGUAUGCUUACGAUGGGUUUGUGGACAUAGGGGCUUUGCUUCAUGCCUUCGACAGGGAUGCUCCCUUGGGCUGGCGCACACGCCUUGCUGAUAACCGGCAGCCCUGGCAGCAGCUGCGCCCGGUGGUGCUCAGUCAGGAGCCUCUGGCCAAUCAUCUGCCCACGAUGUGUGUGACCUCAUCUCUGCCAGUCGGGAAGCACGUGGAGAUCUCCGGGGUCCCUUUGCUCAUCGCCUGCUACGUGCCCCCAGUCCGCGUGCUGACUGUUUUGGCUCCCGCGAAUGUAUCCGUGGACGAUAUACUGAGGCUAUCGGGGGUCGAGGCGCGAGACGUCCAUGUCUACUUCUCUGAUCAGCCUUGGGCCCUGCGUACCCAAACAGUGCUUGCAGUGGCGCCGGGGGACUUGAUCACGAUUUUCCCAGAUGGUCAUCCCAGGAUCCCUCCGGUCGCGCUCACUCGGAUCCUUGCAUCUCCAGAAGGAUGGUCUGAUGAACCUUCCCCAUUGGGGCCCUAUGAGCGUCAAGCCUGGAUUUUGACGAGUCAUGCCUCUCAUAGGAUUUUUCUUGACGACCAGUCGGGUCUUACUCUUCGAGAGGUCUUUGCGAAUCACGUUGGGGCAGUGAGUGAAGCCAACACAGUUCUCCCAGCGGUUCCAGCACUUCUUGACCAUGAGUUUCAGGGCAUCCCGUCCACGCAGGUCUUCUUGGCGGCUCCGCCCAGUCAGGUAGAGUCGAUGUUGCAGAGGUCUGCAUGCCACAUAGACGUAGAUGUCCUUUUGGCUUUUGCCUUCGGCUCUUUGGCGGCACUGCUCCGCCCGGUGCCGCUAAUCAUGUCAGGCUUCGGCUUCCAUUCUGUGGAUUUCCCUCGUGGGGAUGACGACGAGGAAGCCCACCAUCCUGGGCGAUGCGGGGACUGGGAGUACAACUUCAGGUUGUAUUGUGGAACAGCAGUUUUCUUGAGCAAGCCUUUCAUGAAGGAGCGUGUUUCCAUCACCGGAAUGCUACGCCUUUGUUCCACACUCAUUUCCCAUGGAUACAAGGGCCCAUCCUUUGCUUUGUUCGAUGCCUUGCCUGGAUUUGUUCUCUCGUUGGCGUUGCCACCGCAAUUUGGCUUCCAUGCCUUGUGGGUCUGCUCGCUGUCGGUUUUCCUCGUUCUCAUUUGUGCAAAGUUGCAUUCGGCUUCUGCCUUUACAGCGCCGUCACCCUUGCAGAGGACCGAUGAAUUCCACCGCGCAGCCAUGCAAGCGAUCCCCAGGUCACCGUCGCCAACAGAGGAGCUGGUUCUCACAUCGGACGGCUCUUUCCGAGCGGACACCUUGGCAGCCGGCUGGGGCCUCGUUGCUGAUGAGGAGGACGAUGCCGGGACUAUGCUUAAUGACUUGCUGCUUGGGUUGGAUCUCUGUAUCCCAUCUACCUUUGCCUCGUGCAUGGUGGGGGAUGGUGGCACCCUUUUCCAGAAAAGGAAUGCCAGGCUUGGGUUGAGCCGGGUAUUUCUGCUGGACAUGCCUGCAUGGACCACUUUGCAGCAGUCUUGCGGUGCAGUGUUCCCCCCUCGGGGCGAAGUGGACGUUCCAGCAGGGCGGUCCGCCUGGACGCCAAAGCUCUAUGCGCCUCAGUGGAGUACUGACGUUAGUGAGCACGCUGCUGUUGUCGUAGAUUAUCUCUAUGACGCGCUAGCUCGACACUUCCCGCACAAGCAGCGUCGCCUCCGAGCCUCAUUCUUUUCUGAAGAGACUAGUGCGCUUCACCGCGCGGUGGCCGCGCUUCGACAUGCUGCCCGCGCAAGGACGCAGGCUCUGAGACAUACCUACCUACGAUGUGUCUGGCUGGCAUGGCGGAGCCCUGUGGAUACCUUCGAUUCGCUUUUCGGCGGCCGGUGGCUGUGGGAUCUCCGCACCCGGCUGGGCCAUAAUUGCCUCCUUCUGCGGCGGUUUGGACGGCGUCUCCGGGCCACAUGCAAGUCGGAUAAGGUAGCCCAUCUGUCUUCCUUGUCAGAUGAGGUAGCCCGUGCACCAUAUGCGGAGGUCCACCGUGCAGUUCAGCGGGUACUGCGCCCACGGAAGUACCGCAAGGCCUCAUCUGACCCCCUCCCUAAGCUUUAUAAGCCCGAUGGUUCCCUGUGUCAAACUUCGCAAGAAGUAGCCGAUACUUGGAGAGAGCAUUUUCGCAUUUUGGAAGGGGGCAUCGCUGUUGGUGCCGGGGAGCUAGUGCGGAGGCUGCUUGCAUGCCCUCAUGGCAAGCGCUUGAAUCAGCAUUCCGUCAUUCCGCCCCACGGAAGGCGUCAGGUGUUCCACCGUUCACUCCGCGGUUUGGUGGUAGACCAUUGGUCUAAGAACUCGAUGCCACUCCAAGUUGGUGGAAAGACGGGCCUUUUGUUCGUGGACCUACAGUCUGCUUACUAUGCUGUCAUCCGCGAGACAGUUUUGGGGGGCGUGGACCUACAGUCUGCUUACUAUGCGGUCAUCCGCGAGACAGUUUUGGGGGGCGGGCUUUCGGAUCGCCCCAUUGAGGUGGUCGCCGGUGCUUUGGGCCUUGAUAUCGAGGAUCUCCAGCUGUUGAGGUUCUACGCCGAGCAAGAGCCUAUAUUGCAUCAGCAGAAUGCCAGUCCCCUUCUUGUGUCUCUGGCACGGGAACUGCACCGCCAGACCUGGUUUGUUCUUGCGGAGGACCCCAAGGCGACGAUCAUUGAAACCCAGCGUGGCACCCGUCCGCGGGGGACUCUAGCAGAUGUCCUCUUCAACGUGCUAUUCGCCAAGGUUCGGGUCACAGAUAUUGCUUAUGCUGAUGAUCUGUGUACCCCAGUCGUUUGCCAGAAAGCACGACAGGAGGCUUUUGUGCAGCUCAAGGGACGUGUUCCUAUCUGGCCGGACAGCAAGGGCUUGCUCUGGUUGGACCUGGUUCCUAGGAAAGAGGAAAUUGUUCGCGUGCAAAGCGAUACCACUGCAGAAACGCGCAACGCUCUUCCGUACGCAUGUGCUGUCGGUCCUCAUGUCGGGGGCCGGAACAUGGCCGUAGGUUUGCCCUCUGCUGAGGCUCUCCUUCAUGGUGAGCGUUUGCGCCUCUUGGGUCAGCUGGUCUGCAGCGCACCAGACCAUGUCUGGGCACUUGUGGCUUGGAAUCAGCCCUUUCAGGCUGGGCUUCGGGCUGCAUGUGAUUGGUUGCACUCACAAGUUGGUGCCGCUGUCGUCCCUGGAACCGUCGUCGACAACUGGCAAGGUUGGUCUGCUUUCAUCCUUGCUCGCCCCGGCCACUGGAAGGGCCUGAUUCGACGGGCAGAGGGUUAUGACAUUGAGCGUCAUCACCUACCGGCCACUCUCGACCGCGCUAUUCGCGCUUCCUGGGAGCCUGUUGUACCUCCUCCAGCCUCCCCCAUGGCAGACAUGGAGCAUGCGUGUCUUCUCUGUGGAUUUGCCUUCUGCACGCGGCAGCAGUGGGGUGCGCAUGCACAGCGCAAACACGGCUACCGUAACACAGCGACAAAGCUUGCAGUUGGUCGCCAGUGCGGCUCUUGCGGAACGCUUUUUGCGUCCCAGGUUGCUGCUCAGGCUCCUUCCCUGCCUGAGCAGACUGACCUCUGUCUUGAUUUGUUAGCUGCCUUGGAGCGACUCGAGUCGGCUGAUGACCAAGAGGUGUACGACCUGGUUGCCUCUUUUGUGGCGCCGCUUCCUGAUCUUCGGCGUACACUGCAGACUUGGGUUGACUCGUUGCCUGUUGGUGCCCUUCGGUCUGCGGCCGAGGAUGUUCUCCUCGUGUUGAAGCCUGAUUUGCUGUGUUCACAGAUUUGUGGCAAGGUCUCAGAGGAUCAGGUAGGCAGGAGCUUUGACCCCCGUGUGGUACGGCCAGCAUACUGUCCUCGUAGUUCGGCGCAUCCGGUGCUCUACAUGGGGAGCUGCGAUCGCAACUGGCUUGAGCGCUGGCAUCUUCUGCACAUGCCUACCGAACGAUUGGAUUUCGAUGCCGAUGAUCGCUCGUUUGGGCGCUGCUCUGGCCUUUGCCUUGCCUUUCCGCCCCCGCCGCAGCAGGAGAGGUCGUUCCUCCAUCCGGGUCCUUUGCCGCUACGGGCUCUGCGACUAGUCAAUGCUUGGACUUCCCGACUCCUGUCCAUCUUGCCUUCUGCCCUCCGGGUUGCAGCGCAGGGUAUUCCUGUCCUCCUUCGCACGUGA